UGGUUUUGUGUGGUGUAGUAGAGCAGAAACAGAGAGCUUGUUCUGUGAUUUUGAGUUGUGUUUUGUGUAUUUUCCUUAGAGGAAGAUCAGUCUUAUAAUCUGGCUGUAAUUUUCUUUGAUAUUUUGGCAAGUUAAUUCAAAGAGUUUCUUAAGAAGUUCUGGUAUCCUAACAUUUGGUAUCAGAGCACUAUUACCUGGGAAAACCUACCACGAUGACGAGAAGCACCGAAGAGAGACUGGACAUGAUGGAGCAAGGAAUCCUGAAACUGCCCUUGAUGGAGGAAAACGUUUCCCUUCUGUCAAAAACGAUUACGGAGAUGAAUGCUCAGAUUGACAAGCAAUACCAACAGCAGCAAGUGAUAUUGAAAUACUUGGAAGGCAUCCUACGAGACGACUCACCCGGUAAGCAGGUGGUUGAAGGCUCAUCGAGCAAAACCCAGAUUGAAGAAACGACCAUAACCGCCAUCUCCAAUGACCCGAAGAUUGAAGGAAAGACCGAGGAAGGACCGGCGACGGAUCGGAGCAAGUUUAAAAAAGUAGAAAUGCCGAUAUUCACGGGGACCGACCCUGAUUCAUGGCUAUUCCGAGCCGACAGGUACUUCAAAAUACACAACCUAUCUGAUUCAGAGAAGCUAACCGUGGCUGUCAUCGGUUUCGACGGGCCGGCGUUGGACUGGUACAGGUCUCAAGAAGAAAGAGAAGCGUUUAAAGGAUGGCAAGACUUGAAACAGAAGAUGUUGGUGAGAUUCCGAUAUAUCCGCGACGGCACACUGGUAGGGCGUUUCCUUACCAUUAAGCAAGAGACGACAGUGGAGGAGUAUAGGAAUCGGUUUGAUAAGUAUUUGGCGCCAGUAGCAUUCCUACAGCCGGUGGUAUUAGAAGAGACAUUCAUGAAUGGCUUGAGCCCAUGGUUAAAGUCGGAAGUAGAGACGUGGGAACCCGUUGGGCUGGCCCAAAUGAUGAAGAUGGCCCUAAAGAUAGAAAACAGAGAGAUGGUCCGGAAGGAAUGCGGGUUGAGCAGUGCCUACGAUAGCAAGGCGGCCCAGCGGACAACCAAUACGCGUAUUGUAAAUCCCUCACCAACGAAUGAAAACGCGACCACAGGCGGCUGGCCAAUGAGGACUAUCACACUGAGAGAAGUAGCGACUGGGGAAAAUCGACGGGAAGGGCCAACGAAGAGGCUGACGGAUGCCGAAUUUCAAUCCCGCCGGGAGAAGGGGCUAUGUUUCCGAUGUGGGGAGAAGUACUACGCAGGGCACCGGUGCAAAGCUAAAGACAGCAAGGAGUUGCGCAUGUUACUAGUGAAGGAGAAUGGGGAGGAGUUAGAGAUCAUAGAGGAAGAAUUUUUUGAUGCCGAGACAGAGAUAAAACCACCGGAAGUACAGGGCGUGGAAAACUUGAACAUAGAAUUAUCUAUCAACUCGGUGGUGGGCCUAACGAAUCCAGGAACAAUGAAGGUGAAAGGGAAGUUGGGAAAGGAAGAGGUAGUCGUCCUGAUAGAUUGUGGGGCUACCCACAACUUCAUUGCUGAGAAAUUGGUGGAAAAGUUAAAGCUACCAAUGAAAGAAACACCCAACUAUGGAGUGAUACUGGGGUCGGGUACAUCCAUAAAAGGGAAGGGUGUGUGUGAUAAGGUGGAACUGUGGCUAGGAAAUUGCAAGGUCACGGAUAGCUUCUUGCCCUUGGAGUUGGGAGGAGUCGACGCCAUCUUGGGAAUGCAAUGGCUACAUUCGAUAGGAACCACCGAGGUUGAUUGGAAAAAUCUGAUACUCACUUUCUUUGAACAGGGCAACAAGGGUACCUGGUGGAGUGUCGGGCCUUGGAAAAAGAAGACAUGGAAGACCGGGAGGCAGACACCCAAGUCACUGAAACAGAGGAAGGAAGGAUGA